AUAAAAUAAACUUUGAAAAAAAAUAAAUAAGAAGAAAAAGACUUAAUGACCAAAUCAUCUUUCUAUUACAAGCUUCAGCCAGAGCCCCACCAACAAGAAGGAAGAAAAAAGAAAACUUAUUCUUGUUCUCCAUCUUCAACAUUUUAUUUCUUUCUUUCUUCUUCUUCUUCUUCCUGUGGCAUAGAAUCAAUGGCUUUGACAUGUUAUUUUUCUCCUCAUGUAACCGUUGAAAAAUCUUGUCUAAUUGUAAAGCCUUUCAGGAAAGUUCUGAGGCUCAAAAACAGUCAAUUUUCAGUCAAGAAAACGAGUUCAGCAAUCAAGAUCAGAUCCUCCUUCAGAGAAAAGGUUUUUGAGGAUCGGUCAGAAGGUAUAAUUUGCUACAGAGAUGACAGUGGUGAAAUAGUCUGCGAGGGAAUCGAUGAGGGUCCUCGUUAUCAUCAACAGUUUCCAAGAACAUCUUCUUCUUCUCAUUCAAGAGAUGCUGAGAUCCUUGAUAUUCUUCAACAAAGAUGGCUAAAUUUUUUCAAUGGCACUGAAUUGAAUCCUGCAGACAAAAGUGUUGCUGUUCAAAAGGACAUCAACUGCAAUGGCUUUAACAGCCUUCGCUAAUGAUUUGAGAGUAUAGAAUAUAUAAUGUUUCUGCAAAUUCUGUGCUCUGCUUCAAUCAUAGUUCUUAUGUACCUUUCGUCUUAGAAGGGCUCUAUCUUUUUUACUUACAGAAUGUGAAUACCAUGGGAUUAAAUGCAUCUUCCUGAAUAACAUUCUUUCUGUUUUUUUGCUUUUA